CUCGUCCCUCCCCCUCCCCCUCCCCCUCCCCCUCCCGUUCCUGACCCGACGGCAAAUCAAACGGGGUCCAGGCGGCUUCGUCGUCCCCGACCGCCAAACCCUAGCCCCUUCUCCCCGGCGGCCUCCGGCCUCCACUUCGCCGCGCUCCGGAAGGAUAGUGGGGUUGCUGAUUUGGGAUAAUCUGAUUCUCUCCGAGUGAAUCAAGAUGUCUGGAAAUGAUGAUAAGUCCCAGGCUGCGGCAGACCGAAUAAAAGCAGCCGCAUUAUCAGCGGCUAAGGGAUUGAGCAGGGCUCAAGCUGAGCGUGCUGCGGCUGCUGCAGCCCGCAAUGUCAAUGCCUAUGGGCAGAAGGAAGAGGGGCCAAGCCGCUGGCAGGAGAGGAAGGAAGCUAAGAGACAGAUGUAUCUGAUGAGUACAGAGAAGGCUGCGAUACUGGGUACUGUGAAGCCAAAAGCUUCAGAAGCUUCUUCUGGUGGAGCAUAUACCCAAUGUCAGAAGUGUUUCCAGCAUGGUCACUGGACCUAUGAGUGCAAAAAUGAGCGGGUUUACAUGUCGCGUCCUUCCAGGACGCAGCAGCUUAAGAAUCCCAAGUUGAAGAAAAGUGUACCGGUUUCUUAUCAAUUUGAGAAUCCUGAUCUUAUAAAGGAGAGGGAAGCGGAGAAGAAGUUGAUGAAAGAAAAGAGGAAGAAGGAAAGAUCUGAAAGAAGAAAGGGAAAGAGCAAGAGGAAGCAUCGUUCACCGAGCGAUUCUGAUAGCAAUAGCAGUGAUGCUUCAGUGUUUGACUCUGAAUCAGAAUCAUCAGGGACUGGCUCUGAUUAUUCUUCUGGAAGCAGUUCAAGUUACAGCUCCUCGGACUCCGAGGACAAGAAGCAGCAACACAGGAGGAAGCAAAAGAAGAGAAGGCACCGGAGGGACAGCACAUCAUCGGCUUCAUCUGAAUCUGAAUCUGCAUCAGACAGCGAUUCUGAUGACAAGGGCAGCCGGAGGAAGAGCAAAAGGCGGAGCAGUAGGCGCUGAGUUUGAAGAACUGGAGAAGGCAUUGUGGAUGUCAAGUAUCAUGAUAUACUUAUCGAUCGAUUCACGAGUAUCUUUUUUUCAUCGUCAGACCUGCAUGUGCCGGGCGUUCUCCAAGAAGCAAAUGUAGCAUUCCUUUCCUGAAUGCUAGUACCGAUAGUUUUCCCUGUACCAAGAAGUGCCUAAAGCUCUAAGUGUUCUUAUUCUAUGGUAGUUGUGAGAACCAUUGAAUGCUGUAACAAUAUUCGCAUAUGAAUUUCUGAGUUUUGCGUGAUUACCUUCCAUACAGUUGUUUUUUUA